UUUUCUUUUCGACCUCUCCUCCCUCUUACAAAAUCUCCAGCUUGAAAAUAUCUGUUUCUCGAUUCGGUUUCGGUUUUAAGGUUUUUUGAAUCUUCUUCUUUCUAGUCUGUGUAGUGAUUUGACUUUGGUCUUAUGCUCUGAAUCGAAAGCUUUCCAACUUCACAGUCCUCUUCUUGAUAUAUCCAUUAAAGGUGGGACCUUUGUGAUGGCUGGUGGUGGAUUGACUCCAUCGUCUUCAGCCUCUGGGAUCUUCUUCCAAGGAGGAGGAGACGACGAAUCACAAGGCGGAGGCGGAGGAGGAGGCUUCAUGAACUCUCACUUCACUUCCUCUUACGGCAACUCCUCUAACCCUGGAUGUGGUGGUGGACCCGGCUACCACAAUCCCGCUAUGAUGAGCGUCUCGACCCCUGGAGCUAGCUCCAUGGUGACAGACGCCAACUCUGGAGGAGGAGGGAUCUCUGGAGGCGGUCCGCAUCUGCAGCGAAGCGCCAGCAUCAAUAACGAGUCUUACAUGCGUUUACCCGCGUCGCCGUUGUCGUUCUCCUCUUCCUCGGUCGCCGACGGGUCCACCGUCGUGCAGCGGCCCCCUCCUCACCAUGAUCCCACCGUUCAGAGAGGAGGGUCCAGCGCCACGUCGCUGCCAACGUCCCGCCGCGCGUCCGAGACGUUCUUUCAGGACCCGGGGCAAGCGAGGAAGAAGCCUCGGGUGGAUUCCAAGCAGGACGACGCUCUCCAGCAGCAGAUCCUGCGCCAGUGGCUUCAGAGGCAGGAGCUGCUGCAUCAGCAGCAGCAAGGGCAGAACCCGCAGCUGCAGCUUUUGCUUCAGCAGCAGAAGAUGAGGCAGCAGCAGCAGUAUCUCCAGUCCUUGCCGCCGUUGCAGCGGAUUCAGCUCCAGCAGCAGCAGCAGGUUCAGCAGCAACAGGUUCAACAGCAGUUACAACAGCAGAUGCAGCAACAAGGUGCGCCACGGGGUUAUGAGAACAGCGUCUGCGCUCGGAGAUUGAUGCAGUAUCUGUACCAUCAGCGGCAAAGGCCUUCUGAGGGGAGUAUUGGUUAUUGGAGGAAGUUUGUGAACGAGUACUUUUCACCUCGUGCAAAGAAGAGGUGGUGUCUCUCUCAUUAUGACAACGUGGGACAUAACACACUUGGUGUUUCUCCUCAGGCUGCAACGGAUGAGUGGCAGUGUGAUCUUUGUGGUUCUAAAUCAGGAAGAGGAUUUGAGGCAACGUUUGAUGUGUUGCCAAGGCUUAACGAGAUCAAGUUUGCAAGCGGUGUCAUUGACGAGCUUCUCUACCUAAGCGUGCCGUCUGAACGCAGGUUCCCUUCUGGAAUCAUGGUGUUGGAAUACGCAAAGGCGGUUCAGGAGAGUGUGUAUGAACACAUCCGCGUGAUCCGUGAAGGCCACCUUAGGAUCAUAUUCUCCCAAGAGCUUAAGAUUCUCUCGUGGGAGUUUUGUACUCGUCGACAUGAAGAGCUGCUUCCUCGUCGCCUUGUAGCCCCACAGGUGAACCAGUUGCUUCAGGUUGCAGAGAAGUGUCAGAGCACGAUUGAUCAAAGUGGACCAGAUGGGAUUCAUCAGCAGGACUUGCAAGCAAAUAGCAACAUGGUCAUGGCUGCUGGACGUCAGCUAGCUAAAAGCUUGGAGUCACAUUCACUUAAUGACUUAGGCUUCUCCAAACGAUAUGUUCGGUGUCUGCAGAUCUCUGAGGUUGUAAGCAGCAUGAAAGACAUGAUUGACUUCUGCCGUGACCAAAAAGUUGGUCCAAUAGAGGCUUUGAAGAGUUAUCCAUAUAGAAUGAGGACAGGGAAGAUGCAGAUGCAGGAGAUGGAGCUAGUAGCUAAUGCUGCUCAAGGGCUUCCACCUGAUAGGAACAGUCUGAACAAGCUAAUGGCCUUGCGCAAUAACAACAAUAUGAACGGUCAGGGAUCUGCACAAGCCGCCGCCGCAGCCUUUGCUCUUACCAACUACCAAACCAUGCUGAUGAAACAGAAUCAGGAGCAAACCAACGGCACGCUCCAGCAAGAAUCAUCAAGAAACAUGAGCCCAUCACCGAGCUAUCAUGGAGCUAGUAGUCCUUUGUUGGCUGGUGUUUCUUCACAUCUGUCUCCUCAGAGGCAAAUGCCGAGCUCAAGUUAUAAUAGCUCACCUCAUCAGCAAUACCAACAACAACAACCUUCGUGUAGUGGCAGUAACCAAGCGCUGGAACAACAGAUUCACCAAAUAUGGCAACAGAUGGCAAACAGCAACGGAGGCUCCGGGCAGCAGCAGCAACAACAGCAGCAGCCACUCUCUGGUCAGAACAUGGGAAGAAACAGAACAGACUAUGUUCCCACAGCGGAGACGCCAAGCACUUCCAACAGAUUCAGAGGCAUGAAAGGGUUAGACCAAGGGCAGAACCAGGAGGGUAUGGUCUCCUCAAACGCAUCAUUCAACUUUGAGAAUAACGGGUUCUUUGGCAGUGAGGUUGAUGAAAGCAUGGGGUAUCCUUGGAAGGCAUGA